AUGGAGAAACCGAGUAUGGAGAAACCGAGUAUGGAGAAACCGAGUAUGGAGCAAUCGAGUAUGGAGCAAUCGAGUAUGGAGCAACCGAGUAUGGAGCAACCGAGUAUGGAACAACCGACUGAGGGAGAUGCAGCGGUCGAGAGAUCGCUAGACGGGGAACCAAGCGAGAAGCAGCGUAGGGAGCUGAAGGCAUGGUUGUGGCGGUGCGAAAUGGAGGCGGGGCUGAAGGACUCACCGGCGGCUCCCCUGCCGGGCUCUCUCCAAGAACUGGCGGCGCUCUACGCGGAUUUCCACGCAUUUUAUGAGCGCUCCAAUAAGAGCUUUUGGGGCGUCCCCGCGUACGGGCCGCUGUCAUGA